AUGUCAAUCACUAAGGAGUACCUUGACGAGUUAAAGGGCCGCAUCGAGGAGGAACGCGAGGAGUUUCUGAAGGACCUUGUUGACGAAGAGGACUGGGUUGCGUGCAAAGGGAACGACCACGCCAAUCUCUUUUACAAGAACGACCCGAAGUCAUCGAUCAAGAAGUUCAAGAUAUGUGCGGUUAUGCCUUGUAGAAUGGCGACAGUCAUCAGCGCGUUACUUGACCCAGAGAAUCGCGUUUCGUGGGAAGUUCUUGUUGACUCGAUGAAGACCAUUGAGACGUUUGAGGACGGUUAUUCAAUGCAUUACAUCACCACAAAGUCACUGGCAGCCGGUCUUGUUGGAAGAAGAGAUUUUGUCCACUUUAGGAAGAUCUACGACAAUGUCGAGAAAAAGGAGAACGAACUAGACGCCAAAAUGAUCAUCGACAUCUCGUGCGAACACCCGGACUACGCCGACCAAAAGGGAUUUGUCAGAGGAACCACUUUGUUCUGUGCAACGAUUUUUAGAGAGUAUUUGGAGAAUGGCGUCUACGAAACCACGUAUGAAUCAGUCACUCAGACCGACAUCAAUGGAAUGAUUCCUUCGUUCUUUAUUAACACGGCAUCGAAGUCUUCUACAUUGGAAUGGUAUCAGAAACUGGAGGGAAAGGCGCUUGCUCUUGAAUCGGAGUUACCAUUGGAAGCUCAGAGGACAAUUUGA